GUCUCUUAGGUGAUGCUGCAGCCAAGAUGGCGGCGACGACAGCCGUGGCGGUCUGAGCGCGAUGCUCCGGGUUCUCGGCGGCGGCUGUGGCCUUGGCCGGGGCCUCGGUUCUCUCCCGGUCGUGAGCGAUCGGCGCCUCUCUUCCGGCCGGGCUAGCCGGGACAGAGGGGAGACGGCCACGAAGAGAGUAGGCAGUGAGCAACAGAACGAGAGCGCGGCGCCUCCCGCCUCGGCACCAUGGCCGGGAUCAUCAAGAAACAAAUCCUGAAGCACCUUUCCAGAUUUACCAAAAAUUUAUCUCCUGACAAGAUAAAUCUAAGUACCCUUAAAGGAGAAGGUGAACUGAAGAAUUUGGAGUUGGAUGAAGAAGUGCUCCAGAAUAUGUUGGAUUUGCCAACAUGGCUUGCUAUCAACAAAGUUUUUUGUAAUAAAGCGUCCAUUAGGAUCCCAUGGACAAAACUGAAAACACAUCCCAUCUGUUUGUCCCUGGAUAAAGUAAUAAUGGAAAUGAGUACCUGUGAAGAACCAAGAGGCCCUAAUGGUCCAUCACCAAUUGCAACUGCUUCAGGACAAAGUGAAUAUGGCUUUGCUGAAAAAGUAGUUGAGGGAAUUACUGUUUCUGUAAAUUCUAUAGUCAUCAGAAUUGGAGCAAAAGCCUUCAAUGCAUCAUUUGAACUUUCUCAGCUUCGGAUCUACAGUGUAAAUGCACACUGGGAACAUGGAGAUUUAAGGUUUACUCGUAUUCAGGAUCCACAAAGAGGAGAGGUUUUGACUUUUAAAGAAAUAAAUUGGCAGAUGAUAAGAAUAGAGGCAGAUGCUACCCAGAGUUCACAUCUUGAAAUUAUGUGUGCUCCUGUUCGAUUAAUAACCAACCAAUCAAAAAUCAGAGUCACACUUAAAAGAAGGUUAAAGGACUGCAAUGUCAUAGCAACAAAGUUAGUUCUAAUAUUGGAUGACUUAUUAUGGGUUUUAACUGAUUCCCAGUUGAAAGCUAUGGUACAAUAUGCAAAAUCUCUUAGUGAAGCAAUAGAAAAAUCAACAGAACAAAGAAAGAGUAUGGCUCCUGAACCUACACAGAGCUCUACAGUAGUCGCAUCUGCCCAGCAAGUGAAGACAACACAAACUUCAAAUGCUCCUGAUGUAAAUGAUGCAAUUGUGAAACUAUUCAAUGACUUUGAUGUUAAGGAAACCUCCCAUCAUUUAGUAAUUUCUCAUCUAGAUCUACAUAUAUGUGAUGACAUUCAUGCUAAAGAAAAAGAGUCAAACAGACGUAUUACUGGAGGGGCAAUGCAACUUUCUUUUACGCAGCUAACUAUAGAUUAUUAUCCUUACCAUAAAGCAGGAGAUAGCUGUAAUCAUUGGAUGUAUUUUAGUGAUGCAACCAAAACAAAAAAUGGAUGGGCCAACGAGUUAUUGCAUGAAUUUGAGUGCAAUGUUGAAAUGCUUAAACAGGCUGUGAAGGAUCAUAAUGUAGGUUCACCUCCUAAAUCCCCAACACAUGCCUCUCCCCAGCACACACAAACAGAGAAGGACUACACUCUGAAAGGGACAUGCAGAACACCUUCAGUAUUAUGUCAACAGUCAAAAGCUAAGCUAAUGUCUAGUUCUGUUGUGGUUAGACUUGCAGAUUUCAAUAUCUACCAGGUCUCUACAGCAGAACAAUGUCGUUCUUCCCCCAAAAGUAUGAUUUGCUGCAAUAAAAAAUCCCUAUAUCUUCCACAAGAAAUGUCAGCUGUCUAUAUAGAAUUCACAGAAUAUUACUAUCCAGAUGGAAAGGAUUUUCCAAUUCCAUCUCCUAACCUCUAUAGCCAGCUGAAUGCAUUACAGUUUACUGUGGAUGAAAGAAGCAUUCUAUGGUUGAAUCAAUUUCUGCUGGAUUUAAAACAGAGUCUUAAUCAGUUCAUGGCUGUGUACAAGUUGAAUGACAAUUCAAAAUCCGAUGAGCAUGUUGAUGUUCGAGUUGAUGGCUUAAUGCUAAAGUUUGUCAUUCCUUCUGAAAUGAAAUCUGAAUGUCAUCAAGAUCAGCCACGUGCAAUUUCUAUUCAGAGUUCUGAAAUGAUUGCCACAAAUACAAGGCACUGUCCAAACUGUCGACAUUCUGACCUAGAAGCUUUGUUUCAAGACUUUAAAGAUUGUGAUUUUUUUAGUAAAACAUAUACCAGCUUCCCCAAAUCUCGUGACAAUUUUAAUCUUUUACAUCCAAUUUUCCAGAGACAUGCUCAUGAACAAGAUACAAAAAUGCAUGAAGUUUAUAAAGGAAAUAUUACUCCCCAAUUGAAUAAAAACACUCUUAAAACUUCUGCUGCCAUGGAUGUUUGGGCUGUGUACUUUUCUCAAUUUUGGAUAGAUUAUGAAGGGAUGAAAAGUGGAAAAGGACGGCCAAUAAGUUUUGUAGACUCAUUCCCUCUUUCCAUUUGGAUUUGUCAACCAACAAGAUAUGCAGAGUCACAAAAAGAGCCACAGACUUGUAGUCAAGUAUCUCUAAAUACAUCACAAAGUGAAUCUAGUGAUCUGGCUGGCCGAUUGAAGCGGAAGAAGCUCUUGAAGGAGUAUUAUAGUACAGAGUCUGAGCCCUUGACAAAUGGUGGUCAGAAACCUUCAUCAGAUACAUUUUUCAGAUUUUCCUCUUCCUCAUCAGAGGCAGAUAUUCAUGUCCUAGUUCAUGUUCAUAAACAUGUCAGUAUGCAGAUUAAUCACUACCAGUAUCUGCUACUAAUUUUCCUGCAUGAGUCACUUAUCCUGCUUUCAGAGAACUUAAGGAAAGAUGUAGAAGCUGUGACUGGCAGUCCUGCUAGUCAGACAUCCAUUUGUAUUGGAAUUUUACUUAGAAGUGCAGAACUGGCUCUUUUGCUCCAUCCAGUGGAUCAAGCAAAUACUCUUAAGUCUCCUGUUUCCGAAAGUGUGAGCCCAGUGGUUCCUGAUUAUUUGUCUACAGAAAAUGGGGAUUUUUUGUCUUCAAAACCAAAACAAAUUAGUAGGGAUGUAAAUAGAAUUAGAAGUAUAACUGUUAAUCAUAUGUCGGACAACAGAUCUAUGAGUGUUGACCUUAGCCAUGUCCCUUUAAAGGAUCCUUUGCUUUUUAAAUCAGCUAGUGAUACAAAUCUGCAAAAAGGCAUUUCUUUUAUGGACUAUUUAUCAGAUAAACAUUUAGGGAAAAUAAGUGAAGAUGAAAGUAGUGGACUUGUUUACAAAAGUGGCUCAGGAGAAAUGGGAUCAGAAACAAGUGACAAAAAGGAUUCAUUUUAUACAGAUUCAAGUAGUAUUUUAAACUACAGAGAAGAUUCGAAUAUGCUGUCAUUUGAUAGUGAUGGUAAUCAAAACAUACUUUCAAAUAGUUUAACUAGUAAAGGAAAUGAAACCAUACAGUCGAUCUUUAAAGCUGAAGAUUUGCUUCCAGAAGCAGCUUCACUCUCUGAAAACCUAGAAAUCAGUAAAGAAGAGACCCCUGCAGUUAGAACACUUAAAUCACAGUCAUCUUUAAGUGGAAAGCCUAAGGAACGUUACCCACCCAACGUGGCUCCUCUCUGUGUUUCUUAUAAGAAUAUGAAAAGAAGCUCUUCACAAAUGUCAUUGGAUACCAUUUCACUUGACAGCAUGAUAUUGGAAGAACAGUUGUUAGAAAGUGAUGGAAGUGAUAGCCAUAUGUUUUUGGAAAAAGGAAAUAAAAAGAACUCAACUACAAAUUACCAGAGCACAGCAGAAAGUGUGAAUGCCAGUGCAAACUUACAGAAUUAUGGUGAAACUUCUCCAGAUGCCAUCAGUACAAAUUCAGAGGGUGCUCAAGAAAAUCAUGAUGACCUGAUGUCCGUUGUGGUGUUUAAAAUUACUGGUGUUAAUGGGGAAAUUGACAUCCGAGGGGAAGAUACAGAAAUUUGUCUUCAAGUGAACCAGGUGACACCAGACCAGUUAGGCAAUAUCAGUCUGCGGCAUUACCUUUGUAAUCGUCCAGUUGGUUCCGAUCAGAAAGCUGUAAUUCAUUCCAAAUCCUCUCCUGAGAUUUCUCUGAGGUUUGAAAGUGGGCCUGGUGCUGUAAUACACUCUUUACUUGCAGAAAAAAAUGGAUUUCUGCAGUGCCACAUAGAAAACUUCAGCACUGAGUUUCUUACAUCUUCCCUUUUGAAUAUUCAACAUUUUUUGGAAGAUGAAACUGUUGCAACAGUAAUGCCAAUGAAGAUACAAGUUUCUAACACAAAAAUAAAUUUAAAAGAUGACACUCCCCGGAGUAGUACAGUAUCCCUUGAACCAACUCCUGUAACUAUACAUAUUGAUCAUCUUGUGGUAGAGAGAAAUGAUGAUGGCUCUUUUCAUAUUAGAGAUUCUCACAUUCUUAAUACUGGAAAUGAUGUGAAAGAAAAUGUCAAAAGCGAUUCAGUGCCGCUGACGAGUGGAAGGUAUGAUCUGAAGAAACAGUGCAGUGUCACUGAAGCCACUCAGACAAGUCCUUGGCCUUCUCAGUCAGCUAACUUUCCUGAGUGCUCCUCUGACUUUACUAGGGAACAGCUCAUGGAAGAGAAUGAAUUUCUUAAACAGGAACUGGCUAAAGCUAAAAUGGCUCUUGCAGAGGCUCAUUUGGAAAAAGAUGCGCUUCUUCAUCAUAUAAAGAAGAUGACAGUUGAAUAACGGGAGUGGCAGUCAAAACUCAAAUUAUAGCUCUGGAGUAGGAAGGUUAUAUUUAUAAUCUGGAUGUUACCAGUUAGGGGAAGACUUUCCUUUUCAUGAAAAGACGAUAAAACAAAAUGGAAUGUGAUAAAGUGGUGACUAUUCCAAAGCCAGUUUAGAAGAUAUUAGGUACGAGCAUUACAAUCUUUUGGUUGUUCUGUGUUUAGGGGCUUAACCCUCUUUUAAACUGGUGUGAUCUAGGGAAGUCAACACAUACUGUAAAAUAAUUACAUGCCUAAGGAAAAGAAGAUGUCAUUUCCUAAUUUUGAUAUCUCACUGUAGGCAUUUUUUUUAAAUGAAAAAGGAAAACCUCUUGUGUUCACACAGAUUGCUGAAUUGAUUUCUCAAUAUUUGUUAAUAGUUUACUAUUAUUUACACAGAUUCAAAUGCUUUUAUGGCUAAUGUAAAAUGAAAAGAGGCUUACAUUUUAAAUGUUAUUAAAAUUAUGUACUUAAAUCUAUAAUUAAUUACUGUUAAAAGCCCAAUCAGAUUAAUAAAUUAUAUAAUUGUUGAGUUUGAAAACUCUGGAAAAUCAUCACCCUACUGAACUUUUAAAUAUCUUGAAAAUGUGAAAAAAAAUCACUUCAAAUAAUGGGUACAUUGUAUAAGUGGAAGCUAUAAUUUUCAACAAAAAGAUGGUACAAAUGUAAAAAUAAAAAGCACAAACUGUACGAGCAAAAUACUAGAGUAUAUGGCCAAGUGAUUUAAAAAGCAUUACUUGUACAUUCCUUUAAACAUUUACUGUUAGAAGUAAAAGAGUAAUUUAUCCUGCUAACUUUAGCAGCAUUUGUAAGUAUAAAAAUUUUGAUUAGUACUAUUUAUAUUAAUUUCUUUACCUUCAUUUUUCCUCUUUAAGAAGUUGUUUUUGGAAAAUUAUUUUUCCUUGCACAUAAGACAAUUUUAUACCAUUCUUAUAGUAUCUUAUUAGGUGGGUGUUUGCACAUACUGAAUUUAUAAAGCUAGUUUUGAAUAAAGCUCUAUGUGAGAGAUAUAUAUACACAUACACAGUCUUCUAAAUAAGAGUCGUUGGUGAAUUUUGAAUUCUAUUUUGUUAGGAAUUAAGGUUGAAAUCAACAUGAAAGAAUCUCAAUCAUGCAUUAUAAAAUAAAAGUACAUAGGUGAUAAGAAACAGAGACUUUUAGAGAUUUAAAAUAUAUUUCUGAUAGAAUUAAACUAAGUGGUGUCUAUUUUAAAAUUCACAUUCUUAAAUAUAUCCAAGAUAGAAGAUGAAAUAGCUGGACUACUCUUUCUUUAAGAUACUUGAAAAUUUUAAACCACAUUGUGACACUUUAUGGUGCUUUGCGUGUUUGGCAUGACAUACAUAGUGGUCCUUAUAUCUAAGUGCUUGGGAGGAAAAUACAUAUUUCAUUUACAUUAAAUUUUGGAGUGAUUUAGGCUUUAUUGAAAACAGUACUGGCCUUUUUUCUACCCUUCUCCAGGAUCCAUUUUCAUUGACAUUAUUUAAAAUAUACAGGCACCGUUUUGGGUACUAUGGAUAGAGCCAAGAACAAAUUGAUAAUGUUUUACCUCGGGUUAUUUAAAAUAUUAUAAUAAGUCAUGUUAUUCUAAAACUAUAUAAUAGCUUUAGAUUAAAUGUGCAAAGGUCUAAUUGAAGAUUUAAAAUGUAUACCUUAUGUCCUUAGAAGAGAACAUUUUAUUUUUAGUUAUACAUUCAGCAAAAACAGUUUAUUAUGGAAAAGAAGGGUUGAUGGGACAUUAACUUCUUCAGAGCUAACAUUGUUUCUCAAGAUUGACCUAUUCUAUAUAAAUUUAAAUUUUUCUGUGGUAUAUUGUACUUGCUUAUUGUUAUAGAAGCUGAAUGCCUUACUUACUACUUUUAAAUUUAUUUGGUCUUCCCAAGGAAAUCAUACAAACAGAGAUUAUGAUGAUCUGA